UCUCUGACUUCCGAAUUCUCUGUAUUUCUCGCACACAGGAGAGAGAGAGAGAGGGGGAGAGAGAGAAUUGAAGACGCCAUUGAAGACGAAAAUCAAGCUUCCAUUUCUGAAACUCUGUUCAUUCAAUGACGACAUCCAAUCCCAAACUAUUCAAACUCCAAACGCAAUUCAAAUCCCUCGUUUCUCACCUCCUCCUCUUCGCCGCCGGUCUCGCCGCCGGCUUCACUCUCACUCUCUUCACCUUCCCCUUCCCUUUCCAAUCCUCUCCUCUCUCUCUCCCCUUCUCCUUCAGCCAACUCCAACUCCCCUCUCCCUCUCCUCCUCCUCCACCUCCUUCUCCGCCGCCGCCGCCGUCGCGCGUCGGUUUAAAGAAGUUCUUUAACCCACCCCCAGCCCUCCACGACAUGACAGAGGAGGAGCUUCUGUGGAGAGCUUCACUGGUUCCCCGCCGGAUUCCAAAAUCGCCGCUGCCAAAAUCACAGCCGAAGAUUGCCUUCUUGUUUCUGACAAAAGACGGCGUCAGUUUGGCUCCGCUUUGGGAACGGUUCUUCAAAGGCCACCGCCGCCUUUACUCCAUUUACGUCCACCGCAGUUCUUCCACCAACGCCACCGUCGCUUCCAACUCUGUUUUCUACGGCCGCUCAAUCCCCAGUAAGGGAGUGAAGUGGGGAGCGCCGAGCAUGAUGGAGGCAGAGCGGCGGCUACUAGCAAACGCACUACUCGACUUCUCCAACCAAAGGUUCAUCCUUCUCUCCGAGUCCUGCAUCCCACUCUUCAACUUCUCCACCAUUUACAGUUACUUAAUGGCCUCCAAAACCACCUUCGUAGAGUCCUACGACCUCCCAGGACCAGUGGGUCGAGGCCGCUACAAACCCCAAAUGCGCCCCACAAUCAACCUCCACCAAUGGCGCAAGGGUUCCCAGUGGUUCCAAAUUGACCGACCCCUCGCCUCCCAAGUUGUCUCCGACCAGAAAUACUUCCCCGUCUUCCGGCAACACUGCAAGCCCUCUUGUUACAUGGACGAGCACUACCUCCCCACCCUCGUCGGAAUCCACUUCUCCACAUCCAAUUCCAACCGGACCUUGACUUGGGUCGACUGGUCAAAAGGCGGCGCCCACCCCACCAAGUUCAACAGAAUGGAUGUCAACGUUGGGUUGCUUCAAAGGCUGAGGACUGGCAGCCACUGCCGGUACAAUGGAGUUGACACCAAUGUAUGCCAUUUGUUUGCCAGGAAAUUCAUGCCCAAUUCCUUGAAUAGGCUCCUCUUGUUUGCUCCUAAGCUCAUGGAGUUUAAUCAUUAAAUUAUGUGCAUAAACCAAUUCCUUUUGAUUUUCUGAGCUUAUACGAUUCAUUUAUAUGUAAUUUGAUAAACAUGGGGUAUUGUAAAAAUCUUCCCUUUAUGUUCCUUUUUUGGUAUAAAUGACAUAUAAUGUAGUGUUCUAAGACAAA